CGACUGACAUGACACAAUGGUAAUGGUGCAUUUCAGUAAUAGUUUGUGCUUAAAUGUUCAUUACAUCGAGAACAGUGAGAACAUCAAUUUAUAUGUGGAUUUCACUGAAUGUGACAAAAAAGAGUACGUUUUCCAAUCGCGGAAGUGACAUGGUUUGACAUCAGGAUGAUCGGGAAGAAUCCUGCCUUAGUAACAGCAUGACGUUCUUUCUGAAAAUAUUCAUCUUAUGCACACUUGCCAAAAUAAAAGAAAUUCAAAUGAUAACAGUAAGCAACAAACAGGUGACGGUAACAUUCCACGAUUAUGACCGAUCUUGGAACGAGGCAGAAAAAAUCUGCGAGAACGCAGGAGGCAAACUAUAUGUAGAGGAUUCCAUAGAAAGAACUACUGUCCUCGAAAAGUAUAAGACUGACUGGAAUAAAAACGAAGAUCCAUGGAUAGGUCUUCACUAUCCAGCCAUUGGUACAAGCGAUAUCUUCGCCUGGACUAAUUGUUUCUGGCUAGAAUACAGCAAUUAUAAAGAUGACGCGGAACCCAAAGAUACAAGCAAAAAGAAAUGUAUUCAGUCGGAUAAAGAUGGUUUAGGCUGGAAAACACAUCAGUGUGACCAUAACCACAGAUUUGUGUGUGAGAAACUAGGAGAUGACUGUUUGUUUAACAGAAGAACUGGAAUUCCUACUAAAACCGUAGAUUUUACAUUGGUUACCAUGACAACACUUGAUAAAAAUGCAUGCGAAUCAAAAUGUCUGGUCAAAAUAGAAAACAAUCGCAAUUGCUGGGGUCUAAAUUUCUACUCCGCACUCGGGUCAAACAACUGUGCUUUAUAUUUUGCCGACGAUCCGUUCUAUUUUACUGAUUCGGCAACGUAUGACGCAAGUACCACUGACAUGUCCAUAAAAACAUGCUAUUCAAAGGCAUUAGACACAGCAGACGAUACAUCGGUCGGUGAAGACAAUAGUGCUACACCAACUGAGAUUUGUUCUCCUUACACUGAUCAAACAACAACUACUACCGUACCAACAACAACAUCGACAACAACAACAACUGAAGCACCCACAACUACAACCGCCGCCCAUACAACUACAACCGAGGCACCAACAACUACAACCGCGGCCCCUACAACCACAACCGCCGCACCAACAACUACAACCGCGGCCCCUACAACUAAAACCGCCGCACCAACAACUACAACCGCGGCCCCUACAACUACAACCGCGGCACCAACAACUGCAGCCCCUACAACUACAACCGCAGCCCCUACAACUACUACCGCCGCACCAACAACUACAACCGCAGCACCAACAACUACAACCGCAGCAUCAACAACUACAACCGCCUCACCAACAACCGCGGCCCCUACAAUUACAACCGCGGCCCCUACAAUUACAACCGCCGCACCAACAACUACAACCGCAGCACCAACAACUACAACCGCGGCACCCACAACUACAACCGCUGCAUCCGCCACUACAACUGCCGCCACUACAACUACAACCGCCGCACCAAUAACUUCAAGCACAGCAACAGAUGCUAUAACGUCUACAUCUGCAGCUUGUACAUGCGGAUGCUCAGAUUUGUCUGAAUUUAUAGGAGGGUACAAGUCUGAUCCGGCAUGGUUAAAUAUGACUACAGAAGAAAAGGUUGCAUAUCUUGUUGUUAAACUACAAGUAGACAAAACUAAACUUUCUGCAACUAUCAGAAAGAAAACAAGUGCUCAAGAUAACAGAGUGGUUGCUAAAUCCGUAGGUUAUGUUGCCAUCGCUUUUAUUUGUAUAGUGUUCGGACUAAUGAUUGUUUCGGAUGGAAUCAGGUUUUUUAAAUAUAUCACACAGGAAAAAGUCUUUUCAUCAAACUCCGUCGACCAUUUAGAGGAAGAAGAUUCGGCACUAUAAUAAAGAUUCUAUAUUAUCAUUUUGAAUGUGAUAGGAUAUAAAACUUUUUGAAAAAAGGUUGUUUGAUAAUAGGGAAACUUGUUAUCGUAAUGCCUGCAACAGAACCUGUUGUAUUUCAAUAAAACAAACAUAUUUGUC